AUGAGCGGACCAACCAAUCAAGAUAAUGAGGUGCUGGAAACACCUGAAGUGGUGGAUUUACUUAUACCGUCACAUUCAGGGGGUGCUACAAAUCCAUUUGAUGAUCUAAGUUUAGAAAAUGAAGAGUUGAAUAAAAUGUUAGGUUUGAGUACUUCUGUUUCCAAUCUUGAAACUUCGACUCCCUCAGGAACAAAAGACAUUCUUGCAGCUAUAGAUGGUAUCCUGACGGCUUCACCUAUCCAUGUGGCGCUUGAAUCACGAAAAUCAACUUCUGAUACGGUACCAGAUACUUUUGGGGACACAUUUACAUCGACAUCACCUCAAACAACUCCCAUGUUUGAAGACGAACAAGGAUCAAGAACAAAGUCACAUACACCAAUACAGCCGUCGUCACCGACAGUAACAACAACUUCAACGUCAGCAUCAACAUUAACACCAGCAUCUCAGAUGGCCACUACAAACUCUAAAUCCAAACAGCCUCUUGAGGAACGAAAACGGUCAUCAGUAUUCCCGGUGACUCUGGAGUCUGCAUUAGGGAAAGAAUUUGCCAAAAGAGUUAAUCCAAAGUCAAGCACGAAAAGCUCGAACGUAGCCUCUGAUGAUGAGGAGGAGGAUGAUGAAGCAGCAGAAGUGGCCAAGAUCUCUGCAUACGCACGCUUGGAUUUUGAGCAUUUCACAUUCUAUGUGCAAACUUUGCAAGUGAUUCUUGGAAGGCGAUCGAACGAAGAUGCCAAUCUGCAUGCUGUUGAUGUUCAUUUAUCGUCAAAGAAAGCCAUAUCCCGAAAACAUGCUAAGAUCUUCUACAACUUUGGAACUCAAAGGUUUGAACUUUCGGUACUCGGAAGAAAUGGUGCAUUUGUUGAUGAUUUAUUUGUUGAAAAGGGUAUAACAGUACCAUUGACCGAUGGAACAAAAAUACAAGUCGGUGAUAUUCCAUUCUCGUUUGUUCUACCUUCGAUAGAAGCAGCAGAGAAUAAAAACGCAACUUCUCAAGCUGCAAAGCCUUUUAAUCCUAGUGAUGCUAUUAAUCUUCGGUCUAACUUAUAUCAUGUUCAAACUCCCGGGAAGAUGAAGAAAGGAAAUAAAGUAACAAAGGAAAUAGAAUCCGAGAAGAAGGUGGAGCUUCCAACUAUGGACAUAAAAGUGUCAAAGAGUGAAUUACUUGUGCCAUCUAAAGCUGUAUCAAAUACACUUGAAACAGACACACUGACUACACAGGCCUCAAAUCUGGCUACACUGGCCCCAAAUUUGAACCUGGCGGAGAAAGUACCACAGAAUAACAGAACAAACCAUAAGAUACAAGGUAAAUACCAAGGUAAGACACCCCAUACAGAAGGAAUUAAAAACCGGAGAAAGUCAUCAUUCACUCUUCCCAAAGAAUUCAAAGAUAUGUCUGCCUCAUCCCGUAGGAAUUCCUUAAUACUUCAACGAAGGCUUUCAACCUCUAGACGAAAAUCCAUGAAUCCUGGAAAUCAAGAUGAAGUUGGCGAUAUUCUAAAGGAGUUGGGAAUUAAUUCUAUUGACGAAAUUGGUGAUGUUGAUCCAAAUGUUCUUGAUGAACAACUUCUGAGCAUUCUUGGAGAUGACAGUGAGUUUGAUCAUGAGACUUCUCUAAGAUUAUCAGCAUUCAAUGAGUCUGCCAUAUUGGAAGAAGAUGAGAAAUCAUCAAAGGAAAUAGAAAUUACGGUCAAGCUGGAAGAUCCUAGUAAAUCAUUAUCAUCUCAAAGAAAUGAAAGUUUAGGUCUUGACCUCCUCGAUCCGGAAAUUGCGACUUUGGCACCAUUGAUUGUUGCUCAUAAUGAAGAAUUACUUCGGGAGAAGGAAGCAAAGGAAAAGGUUCAAGAAAUGACUUUGGAACAUCCACUUAUAGGAAAACCUGCUAAUAAUAAUCCUCUUUUAGGAAAGCCCGCGUCCAUCCAACCACCGCACAAUCCUAGAUUAUAUGGGAAGCCAUUAUCUUCCAUUGCUAAACCUCAGUUGCUCCACAAUGGCCUUCCUGUCACCACUAAUAUGUCCACCACCAAUACCUUACCACAUAAUAAUUUCAAAGGAAUUGGCUUAGGGAGUUUACCUAUGAACUUGCAAUCUGGCUUAGGCGGUGGGAAUUCAUUCCCACACCCAAUUAUACCUCCAAGGCCACCUUUACCCAAAUUAAAUGUAACGGUCAAUUACAUCACUGAAUCCCAUCCUCGUCAAUCAUCAUCCUACAAGGCUAUCACGGUUGACUUGAAACCGUCACAUCCUUCGGUUUGUCUUAGAAAGUCCAUGGAACCAUUAGGUCAAUUGCCUAAGAUUCCUGCUCGAAAUAAGCCAAUAAGAAAGUCCAAACCAAUUUAUAAUGCUAAUGAGAUCCCUGAUAUGUAUAAGUUGAAGCCCAAUAUUUCGAAUUCUAUUAUGAUUACCAAUGUUCUUUCCAAGGCAGCAGCUACUUCUACCACAGGUCUUACCAUUAGUGAAUUGCAUGAUGCUAUCCGAGAAACAUAUCCAUAUUAUAAGUAUUGUGCUGAUGGGUGGCAGUUCUCAGUUAAUCACAGUUUAAGGCUUAGCAAGAGUUUUAAAAGGUUACCGAAUAAAAAGGACAAUGAAUGGUGUUGGGUGAUUGAUGAGUCAUUUAUAAUUGAUAAGGAAAAGGCCAGAAAGAAGCAACAAGAAAUAGCUGCUGCUAAAUCAAAGGCAGCUGCUAUUAGAACUGAAGAGUUGAAGCAGAAACAAAGAUUAGAAGCUCAGCAAGCCAUUUCAAACAAUAUUAUUGGUAGAGGAAUCAGUUCACCAUUUGGCAUCACUGCUGGUCUAAAGAUGCCCCAAUCACAGUUUGUGAGUCUGAAUAAGGCUAUAAAUGGUGUUCAAAUCCCCACUAGCAUUGCAGAAAUGGCCAGUCAAAUCACACAUAAUGGGAGAACUAUACCCCCAAGCGCACUGGGAUAUUUUCCUGGAUCGGCAUUGGCAACUUCACCAGGUAUGGGAGGAAGUAGUAGUCCCCCCAUGGGGAUAUCUCCACCUGGUAAUUUAAGUCCCUUGAUGAAGACAAGCAGUACCAACAUUAAAGCUCAAUUGGCAGCAAAUAGAGCCAUUUCCAAUGCGAAGUUCCCACCUAAACCCAAUGCUUCUGGAGAACAACCUAAAACGAUACCAGUUCAUGGUUGGACUCCUAAAUCACAAAAUACUAUAUCAUCUUCAAAUCCAAGUACAUCUGUUACAAAUACUACUAGAGAGACCUCAACAGCUAAACUGGUUUCACCCCCAAUUACGUCUCAGACUAUUAACCAAGAUACCAAAAAGUCUUUGGCUUAUUUACAGAAGGAAUUAUUUGUGCUAUACAAAGCCAGGAAGCUAUCGUACAAUACAGCGACGACUACCGAGAUAAUUACUAAUGCCCUUGCAACGACAAUCGCCCAAGUGAAUGCUAUCGGAGCUAAGGCCGGUUGUGGAGAUAAUGCGUUGAUCUUCUUGGUGGAGAAGGCACCUCAACAAGUGAGCAAGAUCUUGGAUAUUGCCUUGUCCAAAUCGAUUAAGGAGAAGCAAGGUACAAUGCUCUCCAGGCAAGCAACACCUGGUCCUUCUAGUAGUGGUCCUGGUACUCCCCAAGUUGCAUCACCUUCACCUGUGACGACCACCGCACUCAAAGUACCGACUACUACUACUACUGCUGCUGCUGCUGCUACUGCUACUGCUACUGCUGCUGCUGCUGCUACUACUACUACUACUACUGUAUCAGAUACUGCCAGUAGAGUUUCCACACCAGUAAUACCUCCUCCCGUCGUUGCAGCACCCAUUCCCAAGAAGGCAACGGAGCCAAUACUUGCAGCAUCCGAACAAAACGAUUCCGACGUCGAACCAUUGUUGUCGAAGCCUGCUUCACCGUACCAACCCACAAGUAAUACUAUAGCAGGUGCAGCAGAUGAAGCAACAGAAGUAACAGUACCACCACCACCAUCACCAUUGGUUAGAACGAAUGAGACUUCAAAUACUAAAACUGAAUCUAUCCAGACUACACCUACAUCCAACACAUCACAGGUCCUGCCCAAAAUAGAGGCCAUCCAACAGCCACCUUUAUCCAACACGAACACAAUUACUUCCAAACCAACAAUACCAUCAACGAUAUCACCAACCGUCUCAACUCCUACCAUGAAGAAACCAUCAUAUAAUCAUCCUGGACUUUCCAAACCACCAGUGUUCUCUUCAACACCCAAACCACCAAGUUUUGGGUCCAAAGGAGGGUCUAAAUUUUCACAGAUGGCCAAGACACCUUUAUUCUUAUCCAAUAGAACUCCCUUGUCGUCGUCUACACCAUCUGGUGGCACACCUGUACAAUCCAAGUCAUUUACACCAAGAUUAUCGACACCUGAACCCAUUAACAGUGAGGGAACCAAUAAGAGGAAACUUGAAGAGUCCCCCGAGAGUGUUUCCACCAAAGUUCAGAAGAUUCUGGACCUAUAG